GUAAAAAAAAAAGGGACAAACUCUCUCCUAUCCGACCUCGACCCACGGUCAAAUGGCCUCCCCCGCCGUCCUCCGGCCCUUGCCACCCCAACCACCGCCGCCCUCCUCCUCCUCCACCGACCUCCGCGCCCACCGCCGCGCCACCAUCCGCGGCCUCGACUCCUGUGCCUCCAUGACGGAACUCCGGCAAUACCAUUCUCAGAUCGUCCGCCUCGGCCUCGCCGCCGAUAACGACGCCGUCGGUCGUCUACUCAAGUUCUGCGCCCUUUCACCCUCCGGCGACCUCGCCUAUGCCCUCCGCUUAUUCAGCCAUCUCCCCCGCCCAGACCCCUUCGUCUUCAACACCCUCUUCCGUGCCCAGCCCGCCUCUGCCCCGCGCUCGGCCCUCCUCUACUCCGAUAUGCUCCAACGCCCCGUCCAUCCCAACGAGUUCACCUUCCCCUCCCUCCUCCAGUCCAUCGCCGCCGACCGGGAGCUUGGUCUUGGCCGCCAAGUCCAUGCCCACGUCCUCAAGCUCGGCUUCGGCGCUGAUGGCUACUCCGGGAACAAUCUCCUACAUAUGUACCUCAGCUGUGGCCUGCUCGCCGAAGCUCACAGUCUUUUGGAUGCAAUGCCUCACCGAGAUGUUGUCUCAUGGACGACGAUGAUCAGUGGGUUGUCCCAAUCAGGCUUGUUGGACGAUGCCCGGAAGCUGUUUGAUGAAAUGCCGGAGAGGAACUCUGUUUCCUGGAAUGCGAUGAUUGCAGGCUAUGUGCAGGGUGGGCGGUUCAAGGAGGCAUCCAAACUGUUCGAUCAGAUGCAAGCAGAGGGGGUUGAGCUCGACAGGUAUGUCGCCGCUAGUAUGCUGUCGGCUUGCACUGGUUUGGGUGCAUUGGAGCAGGGGCAGUGGAUUCAUAGGUACAUUGAGAGGAGUGGGAUCGAGCUGGACUCGAAGCUCGCCACCACCAUCAUCGACAUGUAUUGCAAGUGUGGUUGCUUGGAGAAGGCUUAUGAAGUUUUUAGUGGAUUGUCACGCAAAGGUCUCUCAUCAUGGAAUUGCAUGAUUGGAGGUUUUGCGAUGCAUGGUCGAGGGGAGGAGGCGAUCAAGCUGUUUAAAGAGAUGGAGAAGGAAGGGGUGAUGCCUGAUGAUAUCACUCUCUUGAAUGUACUAAGCGCAUGCGCACAUGCCAGAUUGGUACACGAGGGCCGGCAUUAUUUUGAAUAUAUGGUUCAGGCUUAUCAUAUCGAGCCCAGGAUGGAGCAUUUUGGGUGCAUGGUUGAUUUGCUCGGUAGAGCAGGGUUGUUGGAAGAAGCUAAGAAGAUCAUAGAUGAGAUGCCUAUGGAACCUGAUGCUGGCGUGUUGGGCGCACUUCUUGGGGCAUGCAAGAUUCAUGGCAAUGUUGAAUUGGGGGAGCAAAUUGGGAGACGGGUCAUAGAGUUAGACCCUCAGAACAGCGGGCGAUAUGUGUUGCUAGCUAAUUUGUUUGCGAGUGCUGGUAGGUGGGAAGAUGUGGCAAAUGUUAGGAGGUUAAUGAAUGAUAGAGGAGUGAAUAAGGAGCCUGGAUGUUCUGUGAUUGAAAGGAAUGGUGUGGUUAGUGAAUUCAUUGCUGGAGGAAGGUCUCACCCUCAGGCUAAAGAAAUCUAUGCCAAGGUUGAUGAGAUGAUGGAGAGGAUAAGAGCUGAAGGUUAUGUGCCAGACACUGGUGGGGUGCUGCAUGACACUGAUGAGAAGAACAAGGAUCAUUCCUUGUACUAUCACAGCGAGAAGCUAGCGAUUGCUUUUGGAUUGUUGCACACGAAGUCAGGUGAAACGAUUCGCAUAUCGAAGAACCUGAGAGUUUGCAGAGAUUGUCAUGCAGCAAGUAAGAUCAUGUCAAGAGUUUUUGAUAGGGAAAUAAUUGUGAGGGAUCGGAACCGGUUUCAUCAUUUUAAGGGAGGAGAGUGCUCUUGCAGAGAUUACUGGUGAAUGCAAUUUGGUGGAAUUUCAGAAGCUUGCUCGGUCAAGUGGCCCAUGAGGAGGUCGUUUCUGAGAUCAGAGGAGUUCUGAGUGUUCUAAUUCCGACACUGGGUGUGGCAAGAGAGCAGAAGGAAGCAAGCAGAAAGUUUUAACGAUUAUAUAAAUCUAGAAAAGAUUUUAGGGCCAGGAGAUCAUUCAAGUUGGGUCGAGAUUAAGUAUGACUGGGAUCAAACCUCAAAUGUUGAAGUUAGGGCUGAGACAAAGUUGGGUGAAGUCUACAUUUUAGCUCAAGCAUUUGGCUAAUCUUUUAUAAUGAAAAGUACAAUAAUUGAUAGUUACAAUAAAUCCAUAAAAAAGUUUAAAUAAAACCAAAAAGGUCAAGAACUUUCAUUCAGAAAUUUUUAAUUUAAUCCAAGAAAAUGAUCGUUCUUGAGAUGCAAUUUUACUAACUAAAAUUUAAAAACGAACAUUGCUAUGGUUGAGAAAAUUACAAAUAAGAAUUUCAUCAGAUCAAAUAGCGCAUGUUUAAGUAUGAUUAAGGUAAGGCAGGUGAGUUCUUGAGAUAAAGAGACGAAUUAAUUUAAUGGAGGGUUCAUUUGAUGAAUUGGAAAAGUCACCUAGAAGGGAAGACGAAAGAGUUUUAUUUGAUUCAGAUUUUUUGCGUUGAGUUGUUUCAGUUCAGGUCCGGGUCAAGCUGCGCCCAUCUGUUUAUUUAUCUAAAUUACA